AUGGCCGCCAUCUACCUGUUCGGAGAGGCUCUCACCACGCAUCAAAUAUGUGCUAUGCACAGGCUUGGACCUGGAUAUAAGAGCCAAUUCCGUUUUGACAACGAAUGCAACAUCAGUUUACCGGAGAAUCACAAACGGGUGAGCGAAUCCGCUCCCGCGCUUGACACUGACCUCCCGGAAACCCCCGAUCCCAUAGAUCCCGUCUCCCAAACACCCGAAGACGCGACUGUGACCACCGACGGCGAAGGCGCUUGCGUUGUAGUUAAAGAGGAUGCUACGCCGCGCGGGCGACGCUUGGCGGACCAGGCGCGCGAAGUGGCCGCUGCGCAUGCGUCCCUGCUCGUAGAUAUUGAAGCAUGCAAGCGUGUGCUAUAUGACGGCAAACUGUCAUCCGCCAUAGUGUUUAUGUACAACCCUGUUGCGACGGACGGCCAACUUUGCUUACAGUCGGCUCCUAAAGGCAAUGUCUCGUACUUUGUGCAUACGCCGCAUGCAUUGAUGCUACAGGAAGUAAAAGCCGUCGUGACGCAUUCGAUUCACAGCGCUCUCAAUUCUAUCGGCGGUGUUCAAGUCUUAUUUCCUCUGUUCGCGCAGCUAGAUCUGCCUCACGAUGCUCCUGCGAAUGAUCCGAAACGAGAUCCAAUGUUGUGCUCGAAACUCCUCGGAUUCGUCUGUUCCUUGGUUGAGUCAUGCAGCACGGUGCAGCAACAUAUGCUGCAGUGUCGCGGGUUUCUAGUCAUUUCGCACAUGCUGCAGCGGUGCGCGCGAGAACACCUCACGCCCGACACUCUCGCUUCCUUCUUACAUCUCACGAAACACCUCGUAACCUGCUGUUCUCCUAACUCCGAUCUGUUACUGAAACAGCUGCUGGACCACAUCUUGUUCAAUCCGGCGCUGUGGAUCCACACGCCGGCCGCCGUUCAAGCCCGCCUCUACUGCUACUUGGCGACAGACUUCCUUGCCGAUGCGCAUAUCUACGGUAGUGUCAGACGGGUUAGCACCGUCCUGCAGACAGUACACACGCUGAAAUAUUACUAUUGGGUUGUCAACCCUAAGACGAAAAGUGGCAUCACGCCGAAAGGCAUAGACGGUCCACGACCAGCUCAUAAGGAUAUCCUCACGAUACGAGCCUACAUCUUGCUGUUUCUUAAGCAGUUGAUUAUGAUUGGAAACGGCGUGAAGGAGGAUGAGCUUCAGUCUAUUCUGAACUAUCUCACGACUAUGCAUGAAGACGAAAAUCUCCACGAUGUGCUGCAAAUGUUGAUAUCCUUGAUGUCAGAGCACCCGAGCUCCAUGGUUCCUGCCUUCGAUGCUAAGGGUGGAGUCCGAACCAUUUUCAAGCUCCUUUCGUCGGAAAGUCAAUUAAUAAGGCUACAAGCACUAAAAUUACUCGGUUUCUUCUUAAGCAGAAGUACACAUAAACGCAAAUAUGACGUAAUGUCUCCUCACAAUCUGUACACGCUGUUGGCAACUCGGCUCAGCGCUUGCGGCGAGGCGCUCUCGCUGCCCGUUUACAAUGCACUGUAUGAACUACUCACGGAGCACGUCGGGCAGCAGAUUCUUUAUACUAGUCAUCCCGAACCUCAGCCACAUUUUCGCCUCGAGAACCCAAUGAUCCUCAAAGUUGUAGCCACACUCAUUCGACAAUCGAAGCAAACUGAACAACUUCUUGAAGUGAAAAAACUAUUUCUCUCGGACAUGACGUUAUUGUGCAGUAACAACAGAGAAAACAGACGCACUGUACUUCAAAUGUCUGUAUGGCAAGAGUGGCUAAUAGCUCUAGCCUAUAUCCACCCCAAGAGCACAGAAGAACAGAAAAUUUCUGACAUGGUGUACUCACUCUUCAGGAUGCUCCUGCACCACGCAAUAAAGCAUGAGUACGGCGGGUGGAGAGUUUGGGUCGACACUUUGGCUAUUGUACAUUCUAAGGUAUCCUACGAGGAAUUCAAACUUCAAUUUGCUCAAAUGUAUGAGCACUAUGAACAACGUCGCGCCGAUAAUAUUACAGAUCCCGCUGAGCGGCAGCAGCGGCCCAUUUCCACCAUAUCGGGGUGGGACCGGCAUACUGAGCCGCAACACCUUAAUAGUCGCGUCGUACCGGAUACUGAUCACAGUGUUGAUAGCUCCCCGGAUACGAUUCGCAAACAAAAAGUUCUCAAUCAUGCCGCCCAAACUGAAAUCGGCAAAGGUUUAUCCCUCCGAGAAAUCGAAUCGUGCAAUUGUAACAAGUCAAACGAAAGUAUCGAUGACAGUCGGACUACAGUAGUUUAUAGUGAAGUGUGUAAAGUUCAUAGUCCUGCCAAAAAUGUUCGUACCGAAGUGCCCUGCGACGAAGGUUGUGAUAGUGAUAAACGUACAGAAUUAGAACAUGUCAUCGAUGACCAAACCGAAGACAGAACCCUCAAUUCUAAUAGCGACUUAGUUCAAUCCAUAUUGGAAAAUAAGCUAUUGGAAAGCUCAGAAUCUGGAAUCGUUACAAGCGAACCGGUAACUGAUAAGCCACUAUCGAGACAAGGUAGUCUCGAUUACAUUCCAGUGAGGGACGUCGGAGAGAACUUGAUUAAAGAAGAUAAUACUGACAGAAGUGAAGGUCUACCUUCCAGUUUAUCCGCCAGUGAAACAGCAAGCCCCGAAAGAGUAUUAGAAGGCUUAAGCGCUGGUAAUGAAAGGGAAUCAGAACUCUCAGAUAGGUCGGAGUUGUACCUUACUCCAAGCGAAGCAACGAGCCCAAAGAAAUUACAAGAUAAGACUGAUACUAGUAUACCUGAUGAAAUAACCACAGAUGAUCCUAAACAUGUUGCCAUAAACAUUGUUAAUGAUGUUUUAACAAUUGCACUAGAAACUGUAAGGUUGAAAACAGACGACGAUACCGAUUCCGGUGCCAUAUCUGGAGGUCUCAACUCCGAAGGUAACACUCCCAACGGAAGAGAAGAUUUAGAGCAAGAUAUUGAAGAUAUUGUUGAUCAGAAAAAUAAUAUUGAAUUAAUGGCUAGUGAUUUAGUUUCUGAGAUUGUAGAUACUGUUGUUUCAAAAAGUGAAGAAAAUAAUACAGUUGCUUCCGAAACACAGGAUUUAAAUAAACCUACAGAAACCCCUGUAACCAUAGACAGUGAAUUUAAUAUUUCCAGUAAACUUGAUAAAGAGGAUGUCAACGAUAUCGAUGUAAAUGAAGAAAAUGAAAAAAAUGAUCGUUUGCGGUUUGAUUCAGAUGAUGCAGAACAAAAAACAGAAGUACCUUCUAUAUCGACCAUAAGCGAAAACAUUUCUUUAGCUAAUAAAAAGGAACAGGAAAAUUUACAAGAAGAAGAGAAGAGUAUUGAAAGCGACCGAGAAAAGCGACGCGUAAGCUUACCUGGUAAUAGCGACAUGACACAAGACUCGCACCGGGGUGAGGGCAUAUCCUCACAAGGAACAAACACGUCCACGUCGCCUAAGCGACCCCGCAGCGCUUCGACGAGUACUCAAGUGGACUCCAAUCACUUUGAGUGUUCUCGGUCGGCGCGAGCGUCGCGCGCAAUGUUUUCACCUGGUCCCACUAGGCCACCGUUCCGAAUCCCAGAGUUUCGUUGGUCUUACAUACAUCAGCGGCUUCUUUCCGACGUGCUAUUUUCACUGGAGACUGACAUUCAGGUCUGGCGCAGUCACUCUACCAAGUCAGUAAUCGACUUUGUAAAUAGCAGCGAGAAUGCAAUUUUCGUGGUGAACACGGUGCACCUGAUUAGCCAACUCGCUGACAACCUUAUUAUCGCAUGCGGAGGUCUACUUCCACUUCUGGCUUCUGCUACCUCGCCCAAUAACGAAUUAGACGUGAUCGAGCCGACGCAAGGAAUGCCAGUGGAAGUGGCGGUGACUUUCCUUCAACGGCUCGUGUCGAUGGCCGACGUGCUAAUCUUCGCCAGUGCGCUCAAUUUCGCCGAAUUGGAAGCUGAAAAGAACAUGUCCAGCGGUGGUAUCCUUCGCCAGUGUCUACGACUGGUUUGCACGUGCGCCGUCCGCAACUGCCUCGAGUGCAAGGAGCGACAGCGCUGCGCCUCGCGCCCCGCACGGAGUUCUGAAUCGCCCUCGCCCAAGAGUGUGGUUGCAAGCUUGGCGGAAGUUUCCAGUCCUGUAAAGGACCCCGAAAGGCUUUUACAAGAUAUGGAUGUGAAUCGCCUGCGUGCUGUUAUUUAUAGAGACGUGGAGGAGACAAAACAAGCUCAGUUCCUAUCACUGGCAAUCGUGUAUUUUAUAUCAGUGCUGAUGGUGUCGAAGUACCGGGAUAUUCUGGAACCGCCUGCGCACGCUCACGCUAACACGGACUGCGCGCGUAGGCUUCACCACGCACAUGACCACCACGAUCACAACGGAGAAGAUGUGGAAUACGCGAUGAUUGUAGUCGACGAGAAUAACUCUACCAUCAACGAGCUUGACUCGCCGUCUAUGAAGGAAGGGGAGGAAAGCGUCGCGAAAAUUGAGACCAGCACGGACGAAGUGAAGCCUAAUACGAGCGAAAAGAACAUUUUAGAAGUCACGCCCAGCUUAGAGAAAGAAGAACCGCUGUUCAAAUCGAGCCUGCGUCUGAGGUCGAUGCCGAAGCCAAAGAGCGUGGAUUCAAUCGAGGACGCUGGAUCUUUCCAUUUGAAUUCAACAGAAACAACGAAUAACGACCCAGAGACAUCUAGCGAGAUUGCCUUAGACGACAACAAAUUACCUGUCAGUAAUGACGAGUCGUGGACAGAUGUAAAUUUAAACGAAGACGCGGAAAGAGGACCCGCUACCAUAACACGAGCACGAGACCACGAAGAUAUCGAGAAACAAAUUCAGCUACGCAGUGAGCACCACGUGCAAAGGUUGCAGAAUAGAAGUCUACAAGUUGCUCAAAGACAUUUGCACCAGGAAGCGGAGACGGCUUCAAGUAUGUCGGUGUGUGCUGAUGGAGAAGCGAUGGGUGACGGUGAAGGUCCCGGUGUAGUCGAAGGCGCAUCCCGGGAAGCGUCCCUGACACACAAACUAGAGCGAGCCUUGGGUGCUGUGUGCCCGCUUCUCCGUGAAAUAAUGCUGGACUUUGCACCUUUUCUCUCCAAGACACUCGUAGGCAGCCAUGGCCAGGAACUGUUGAUGGAAGGUCUCCAAACGUUCAAAUCCAGUACAUCGGUAGUAGAAUUAGUGAUGCUGCUGUGCUCCCAAGAGUGGCAGAAUUCGCUGCAGAAGCAUGCAGGUCUAGCGUUCAUUGAAUUGAUCAACGAGGGGCGUCUCCUGUCACACGCUAUGCGAGACCACAUCGUAAGGGUCGCCAACGAGGCAGAGUUCAUACUGAACAGGAUGAGAGCUGACGACGUAUUGAAACAUGCUGAUUUUGAGUGUCUGUGUGGAACGUGGAGUGGCGAACGAGCAGAAGAAGAGAGAACAUGCGAGCGCUUAAUAGCGGCUGCGAGACGACGUGACACAGUUGCGGCUGCGCGAAUGUUGGACAAGCUUAACCACGCUGCUCAAGCGCAUCGUGUGGGCUCGGAUUUAGUUGAGUGUGAAUUCUGGAAACUCGACUCGUGGGAAGAUGACGCGCGACGGCGACGCCGCCUGGUGCCAGAUCCACGAGGCCGCAGGCAUGACGCGCACACUGCUCACCAUGCCACACCGCAUCCACCUACAGAUGCCAUUCUUCAGGCGACAGAAGAAUUACACGCAAGAAUCGCUGGUGUGUCCGGAGGCGCUCAGCUUGCAGCAGCGCCCGCUCAAGAACUGCUCGAUGAUGCAGAGCUCCUCAUUGACGAACGCGAUGCCGAACAAGACUUAACUGGUCCCGUGAAUAUGAGUACGAAGGCGAAACUUGUGUCUGGUGGGAUCGUGGCUGGCGGUACUCUUUCGCUCACAUCAACGGAACUCUACUUCGAAGUCGACGAAGAAGAUCCGGAUUUCAAGAAGAUCGACCCUGAGGAUCCACAAAGACGGGAUGUUCCCACGUCAACAAGAGCGCCUGCGCAGACCGCUCUCCCAACCCGUCAUAAAUAA